CUGUUCCCGGCGGGUUCAAGCCAUGCUCACUCUCGCCGACCCAACAAGGCACUGACAUGGCAUCACUUCUUCGCUGGGCUACAGGUUUAUACCGUCGGGCUCCGUUACCUCCCAGGUCAUUUGCCAACCUUCGUUAUGAAACGAUCCCCGAGAGCCUGAAGAUCGAGGAAGAGACACUCCCAGAUUACCUCCCACAACGGUUUUACCCGGUUCGUCUCGGCGAAGUCCUAGCUUCACGCUACCAGGUUGUUGCUAAACUGGGUUACGGUGUAACGUCUACAGUUUGGUUAGCGAGGGAUCUCAAUCAACAUCGACAUGUUGCUGUCAAGGCCUUUGUCCGUGCGGCCGCCAUGGGUUCCCGACUCAACCAUGAACGGAAUGUCUAUCAGCGUAUUAACAAUGGACCCCGAUCCCACCCUGGGCGAGACGCCGUACGCUCAUUGCUCGACGCCUUUCAGCUAGAGGGCCCUGAUGGCGAGCACCAGUGCCUCGUGCACCCUCCUCUUUGGGUAAAUCUUCAGACAUUCCUCGAUUCGAAUCCGGUGGGGAGACUGCCCAAUCCAGUCCUAGCCGUAGUUCUCUACCGUCUAUUCCAGGGCCUAGACUACCUUCACAGUGAAUGUGGCAUCAUCCACACGGACAUCAAGCCGGACAACAUCAUGUUUGGCUUCAAUGACGAUUCGCCUCUGGCAGAAUUCGAACAGGCCGAGCUGGACAGCCCUAGCCCUCGCAAGGAAGUGAACGGAAGGGUUAUCUACGUGACUCGGCAGAUACCAAUGCCCAAGUCCCUUGGACCGCCAGUCUUGUGCGAUUUCGGGGCUGCUGUUUUUGGAGACAAGCUCCACGACGAUGAUGUCCAACCUGACCAGUAUCGGUGCCCGGAAGUUAUCCUUGAGAUUCCAUGGAGUUACAAGAUUGAUGUUUGGAACAUCGGGUGCUUGGUCUGGGAUCUUUUUGAGGGCGGUCAUCUGUUCCAUGGCACUGAUCCCGAACAUGGCGUCUAUCGCGGAAGGGCUCACCUUGCUGAGAUGAUUGCUCUCCUGGGGCCACCCACCCCUGAGCUUAUCAACCGGGGAAACCUGAAGGCCAAGUUCUUCUCAAAGUCAUGUGAAUGGAAAGCAGGGAUCGAGCCCUUGCCCCCUGUGUCACUAGAGAAAUUAGAGAUGACUUUGGAGGGCGCGGAUAAGCAGCUGUUUCUACAGCUCAUGAAAAAGCUGCUCCAAUGGGCCCCGGAAGACCGCAUGGCGCCAAGAGAGCUCAUCAAGGAUCCGUGGGUAGUGAAGCAUCUCUUCGGUUGAGUCCGAACUCGUGUGAGCGGCGUGAGGGCUAUUCGUGCCUACGGUUGGCUUACCCAUGUAAUACUAUGUAUUAUAUGGAGAAAAGGGACUAAGAUCAGUCCGCUCAGAGCCUCAUGGCCCACCUCUUGACGUCGGCAACUCGUUAAUGCUGGAUGUGUGUUCACGAC